AUGCGCACACUUUCACGGUCUCUUUGGUAUCUUAUACACGCAGCACUCGCUCAAGUUAGUAGUGCACAAGAGUCACUCACUCUCAAUACUCUGUAUUCUUUUUCCGGAGCUUCUCUGUCUAGUGAUCCUACAUUUUAUCUUCCACAGGCUCAGCAGCUGACGGUGUCCGUCGCCAUUUGCUCCACCGGAACGACAUCUCCAACAUUUUUGGUGAACAACAACACAGCGUCUACCACCGAUGUUUUUGAAAUCCAAUUAUAUAGCGGAUUCGGGAACUGGACUGGCACCACGCAGCAGGGUGGAUCAUUAGUCGUACAAAAUGUCGGUCAGACCUCAUUUCAAGUUGUCGCAUCGACGGGAGCUCUUGUGCACGAAAUAAUUCCUGCACUCCCUUUCCUGGGAGAUACUACCAAUACGCAGGUGCUGAUAUUUUCGCCUCCGAUCUCACCCAUUGAAUCCUCGCCGUCCACGUAUCCCAACUAUACACUUCCACCUGCAAACCUCUCAAACCCUUCACCGCCAUCAUCGCCUCCUGCAUUAUCUCUCGUCAUCGCGCCCACUUCCUCCGGUAUUGCAUCUGGCAUGCAGACAGCAUGUAGCAUCAACUCUACUUCCUCCUCAGGUUUGGUAGUAAGCAACGAUCUCUGGCUGCGCAAUAACGACGGGUGGAGGUCUCAAUGGCUUAUUGAUGACUUGACACCGAGCACGAACUACACCGCAUAUGUUAUCCAGGACCAGGUAAAAUUGAGCGGACCAAUAUAUUUCACUACCAAAUCUCCAUCAUUCCCCUGCCCCCUCGUGCACUCCCUUCCAUUUUGUCCAUCUACAUCAUACGCUGUUCCUCUUCCCUUCCCCCAAUCCCCCGCAUCAUCUUACGACUCUUCAAAUCUCCCACAGAGCGUAUCAGACCCCCUUCUUCAGUAUAUGACCAACUUCACGACCAUGCUUCUCACAUUUGCAUGCGGGCGCGACCUAUACUCCCCUUUGCAGACCUGUGAAAGCUGUCAGGAAGCAUAUCGCGCUUGGUUAUGUUCCGUAUCCUUCCCCCGAUGCGCCGAGCCCCCAUCAAGUUCUUCCUCGCCAUCGUCCCCAGUGCCAGCAUUGACUACGCCUCAGAGCGGUUCGAACGCACGCAACCCUUUCCUGCCCAAUGUUUCAUAUUCAUACCAGACGGUCUUGCCUUGUCUGGAAGUUUGCAGUGCUGCUGAUCGCGCAUGUCCAUAUUUCCUGGGGAUGAAAUGUCCGACUGCACGGUUUAAUGCAGCAACAAGCUACGGUGUCGGAUUUAUCGACGGGACACAGGGUGUGCUUGGAGGUGGAAGCACAGGUACAGCUCAAGAUCGUUGGGGAAACGUUUGGUGUAAUCCUAGUUGA